AUGCUUCCACGCCCUUUUUGUUAACGACCAGGACGAACCAGGUAAGUACGGGGACGCAGUUCGUCUUGGGCUUGUAGGUCCGAAGUCACACUGCCUCUUCGGGCGGUAAACGUCUUCGUCUACGGGUAAACAUCAAGCUCCAAGAAUAAUCUGUACCAUCGUUCUGUACUAUUUCGAACGCUUCGUAGUCGCCAGCGAUGGCUUCUCCUCAUUCUGCAGUAUCGAUCACGAACGCGCCUCUGAGCCAGAAACAGCAGAGGCGUAUGACUUCUCCCUCCUUGCCACCUCCGGCCAAUCUUAACCUCCCCGAACCCGUCUUCGGCAACAGCCAACAAGCCCUCCGACCCCCAUCUCCUCUGCGGCACAGCUUUACCUCUGCAACUGGCAGCCCUGGACGCGGUGGAAGUGAAGAUGGCUCAGAUGAUUCCGACGACGAAGACGACGAAGAUGCCCCCUGGGGUCAAACAACACAAUCACCCGGCGCCUCCGUAACGAAUCUCGCCUCCACCUUCGCCCAACGCAUGGGCACCCUCGUCAACAACAUACAAUCACCACGCUCAGGCCACAUGCCCACCGACGCCGAACUCGAGGCCGAAGCGGAACGUGAGAGAGAUCGAAGUAGGAGGGAGGCUGAGAGGAUAUUGAUCCAAGAAGCGGAGGAGCGGAGGAUGAUGGAGGAGAGAGUCAUGGCUAUGUUCGAGAUCCCGCCUCGCGGAUCGCCUACACGCGCACAGACCAUGCCUGCAGCAAUGCCCGAUCCGCCCUCUCCAUCUGCCUCGCAGAAGAGUGGUGUUCCGAGUUGGUGGAUAGCCGCGAAGAGCAGGUUGACUCCUACGAAAGAGCUCACGCCUGCCCAACAGGUCAUUCAGGAGACAAAGGAGAAGGAGAAGCAGGAGAAGAAGAUGGCGAAACAGAAGGAGAAGGUGAGGGCGAAAGAGUCGUUGAAUGAGUGGCCUGCGUCGAGCGAUGCCAAGUUCAACGAUCCGGCAUUCUUCAACCUCGCUGCUCCUCUCCCUCCUCCCCGCAGGCCUAUGUCGUCGUCUCCCGUCCCGUCCACGCCACCCGGCGCUGAGCGUACUAUGAGCCUCCCACCCAGUCUCGCCCCUUCACCAGCCCGGCCGCAAGACGGACAACCUGCAUCACCGUCCAGAGAACAACCUCCGUUCUACGCCCAAUUCAACUCUCAAGGUACUCUCGACGUCCCCACUACCCUCCUCACCAUCGCCAAACGAUUCGAGAAAUUGGAGAAGUGGACGGUCAGCCAUGUUCGGGCUCUGGAGGACCGUAUGAGCGACGUAGAACGGUGGUUGGUGGAGAAGGAGGAGAAGAAAGCCGCUGAAGGCGAGGACGAGACUUCUCCCGAUCAGGCCAUAAGCGAGAUUAGGGAUGAAAUGGUUGAGUUGCAAGGUCGGAUCGGCGAGCUUGGCCGAGAAAUGGCAAAGAUGGCUACGGCCCCCUCCAACCUCUCUUCUGGACCUUCACGGUCUUCCGCCCCAGUCUCAUCCGCACCGCCGACUAACUCCACCAUCGUCGUUCACGGUCAAACCCCCGCUCCAACACCUGUCACAACAACCUCACAUCCCCGCGUCGUUUCUAGUACGGCUAUCCCCGUAACCGCCCAACCCAUCCCUACCCAAUCCCAAUCUCGAACGCCAUCCCUCUCUCGGCGCGAGUCUGACACUCGUAGCCCGCCUUUCGUCCCCGCUGGCGUCACCUCGCAUUCCAACACUCCCCGGAGUCGCCUCCCAUACCCUACAGGCGACUAUGCCACGCCACCCGACAGCGUCAUCCUCAACCAAGGCAUGUUCUCGCCCACCAACUCCCCACCAUCCUCCCUCAACACCGCCUCUCGUAACCGACCCGUCUCUGUCUCCGGUCUUCCAACGAACUCGUACUCUCUCGCUACGGCGUCUGGUCUCCCGAGAUCGAUGUCGCCACCUGCUGCAUCUCCGAGCCCGACACCCGUAGGCAGUGGUGGGAGUAGCACCGCCGCUGUCACCACGAACAUCACCGGUAAUAACAAUAACAAUAAUAGCACCAACAACAGACUCCAACAACCUCCCCAACCUCCACGGCCGUCGAGUGUCAGCCCAACGCCUCGAAAACGAUACACGGUCGCUCUCGGCGCUCCACUCACGAAACGUCGGGAAUCCGAUAUCUCAGACAGCGCCGGCGAUCCGUUCACCGCUUCACCUGGUCCUAUCCAUGCAGACGAGUUGUCUGAUUCGCAAAGUUUGAGUGGGACGUAUGUGUCUGAGGAUGACGAGAGGGAUGAUGCGUACGACGAGACGAUCGGAAAGUCUGCGUCGAGGAGUUUGAAGUUCUCGAGGGCGCAGGCUCAGGCUUCUUCCAACGGCAAUGGCAGCGGGGCGGGAGAUUUGUUAGCCGUGAGCGAUACGGAAGGUGUUUCGAACCAGAAAACGUCACCCUCUAGUUCUCGCAUCCGCGCUCAGUCAUCCUACGGUCCCAUAGCAGGCUACAGCACGCUCAACCUCUCCGCCGGAACCGUCUCUUCACCACCUUCCAUGGCCGCUCCAUCACCCAUCACUCCCCUCAGACCCCGCGUGCGCUCGAAAUCCACAGAACGCCUGAACGUCGGGCUGGGUAUCAGCGGUGGUGGUUUUGGUGGUGGGAUCGAGAGCGUGCCAACGACACCAUCGGGGAGAGGAGAUGGUAAGUUCGUGGAUCCGUUGUUGGUGAGGAAACAGGAGAGGAGGGCGAAGGCGUUGGAGAGUUUGAGUAGGAAAUCGGGGGUUAAGGAUUUGGUGGGGAAGAAGAAGGUACCUGUGGGAGAUCUGGUCGCGUUUUUCGAUCAGGAUAAGUAGGACUGUUUUUCUGUGCGCGCCGUUUGAGGAGGGGAAUUCUGCCGACGUGGAUGACUUCGGAUUUCGUAAGAUGCGACACGAUUUUGAUUAGGAGGCGGAGGUCAGCUUUUUGGAGGCUUACUAUGUCCUGUUCUUGAUUAGUUUUACGGAGUACUGACGUACUUAUGCUUACUGAUUUAACGAAUUUUGAUGAUGUUUUGUUUGGUUGCCGUUUGUUGUCGGUGCUCGCCCCCUCAUAUUGUAUUUGUGGCACCAUCUGUUAAAUUCGUUGCUUGUGCUACCCACUGCCAGGAUUCCCCAUACGAGCCUUCUGUUGACGCCUUCUUGUAUCUUAUCUACUACGCUCGCGACUUUGCAAAGCAGGAGUAUCACGGACGGC